ACUGCACGAGUCACAGUCACGCUUUUACACACUACCCAGUGCACAACUGGUCCCAUUUGACGGUACAGCAUCGAUUUCGGCUACUCUCGUAACGUUCUCAUACUAUCAUCUCUGGCUAGUUCGAUCCGGCUGUGUGUACGCGGGGCUAAGAAAAUAUAUUUAUUCCGGUCUUGUGCCUUCUAACCCAACAUUCCCUUUUGCCUCUCCUUAUCGAUCGGCUGCGACUCCAUUUUGGAGAAUAAAUUCAGUCUUCUGCGUGCAGUGCGGAAAACGGUUCCAAGCCGAGUGAUUGUUGGGAAAACGUGAUCGUAUAAUUAUCGCUCUUUUUACGGUUACUGUUUAAUUGUUAUCCAACGUGUGGAUGGUCAGUUGGCCAAUAGGCGGGGCUGGGGAGCGUCUCCCGAAGAGGCGUUAGAUAUCGGGAAAAUAAUUGCCUUGGGGAUCAGGCAGCCCUACCGCGGCGGCCUCAUCUAAUCCCAUUGACGACUUCCGUUGGUGACUUGGUGAUCGCCAACGCGCUUUUCUGCUUGGAGCACACGGAUUACGUGAUAAAGGAACAUUUCAUGCAGAAGGGAUACCGAAACUUAUUUAAAACAUUUAUGCCGGUAAAUAUUUGCAAGGAUUUACUGGAGAAUAUUUUACGCUCGACCGGUGGAGAUCAUCAUGGCCAAACAGAAUGGCAGCGCCGGCUCGGAAUCGGGCGACUGGGGCUUCCUUUCCGACAUGGACAACAAAGCGCUGAACGAAGGCUUCAAGAACUACGGAAAAUUCGGCGACCGCAACUUUACCGGCAACAAUAUGACCCUGAAGAACGUGGACAAGUGGCUGAAAGAGGCCGGCGUCAUCGGCAAGACCAUCACCACCACCGACACCAGCAUCGCCUUCAAGCAAGUCGUCGGGAACAACGAGAAAGUGAUCACGUACGAGAAGUUCAAAACAUUCCUCUUCAAAUUGGCCCAGCGCGCCAAUAAAGAUGCCGGCCAGGAUGAGCUGACCAAACUAGUCGACAAGCUCCAGACCAAACUGGAGCCCAGCCUUUCCGGCACAACGAGUACAGUCCAGGCGAACGUAAUCGACAGAUUAACCGACACCAGCAAAUACACAGGAUCUUCCAAAGAACGAUUUGAUGCCGAAGGCAAAGGUCGUGGAAAAGAAGGUCGAGAAGACGUUCCCAACAAAUCCGGUUACGUUACCGGUUCCAAGAUUGGCGAUCCCACAAAAAAACCUGGCGAUGAGAAGAACUGAUCUCUACAGUUGUACCUACUGAAACGCAUCCUUUUGCAUAAGGUUUCUCAUUACUUCGCCGAUUAUGCCAACGAUUGCGGCUGCGUGUCAAACGAACGUUAUACUUGUAACCGUUAACCGUUCAGCGAUAAUUUUUUCGUUUUUGAGGUUGGCUUAAAUUUACGGUAAAUUUUGAUUAUUGUAUAACAUUAAUAAAAGGUUUCCGUGCAAAUAAAAGCACGGCAGCGUUGGUCUGCAGCAAAAUUUAGUAUAGGCAGCAUAGUGCCAUACGGACUUGUCCAAGUUGUCCGAUACGGGAAUCGGCGACUCGUAUCCGUCGCAAACCUGCUGUAGUCCGCUUUGAAUACGAAUCCGUUAACGUUGUGGCCUCCUUAAU